AUGGCGGUGAUGGACGUGCUGAUGGUUGUUCUUGAUGUGAUCCCGAGGCACUUUCGGGCGGCUUAUUCCUCCUUUGCAUCCCGGAGCAGCCUGGUGAUGACGACACGCAGACCAAGUGGGAGAGCUCCUGAAACACGGGAUCAGAUAUCCAUUCGCUCUUCCACUAAAUGCGUCAAAGGUGCUGUGACCCAAAUACACCGCGGCAUCGAAAGUUCAGCAUUAAGGCUCCUGGAAAGUCUCAACCACAAAAACCGACAACUCCUCAGAACCAAGGGUAGCCCCACAGACAGCCUGCCCCCGCUAGAUCAAGGGCAGCCCCAGACACAGCCCGCCCCCCAAGACCCACCGCAACCCUUCGCUCAGCCUGCCCGCCAAGACGAGCCACAGACCAACGCACAGCCUGCACCCCAAGACCCAGGGCAGCCCCACACACAGGCUGUCCCCCGCAAGACCAAGGGAAACCCCACGCCCAGCUUGACCCCCCGGAGAACAAGGGCAGCCCCAGGCAUAGACUGCCCCCCAAGAUCGAGCAGCCCCACCCACAGCGUGACCCCACAAGACCAAGGACAGACCCACGCGCAGCCUGCCCCCCCCAAAGAACAAGGGAAGCCCCACGCACAGCCUGCACCACCAAGACCAAGGGCAGCCCCACGCAGAGAAUGCCCCACUUAUCAAGGGCAGCCCGACUCACAGCACACCUUCCCGAACAAGGGCUGCAUCAAGCUCAGCCUGCUCCCCAAUACAAGUGCAUCCCCACACGCAGCCUUCACCCCCAAGACCAACCGCAGCCCCUCGCUCAGCCUGCCCCCCAAGGCCAGCUACAGGCCCACGCACAGCCUGCACCCCAAGACCCAGGGCAGCGCCACACACAGCCUGCCCCCCCCCCCCAAGUACAGCACCAAACACAGCCUGUCCCCCGCAAGACCAAAGGCAGCCCCACGCCCAGCCUGCCUACUCGACCUAGGGCAGCCCCACGCUCAGCUUGACCCCACCAAGACCAAUGGCAGCCCCAGGCAUAGACUGCCCCCCAAGAUCAAGGGCAGCCCCACCAACAGCGUGACCCUCCAAGACCAAGGCCAGACCCAGGCGCAGCCUGCCCCACCAAGUACAAGGGCAACCCCACACACAGCCUGCUCCCCCCGCAAGACCAAGGGCAGCCCCACACAUAACCUUCCCCCUCAAAACCCAAGGGCAGCCCACACACAGCCUGCCCCCCAAGACCAAGGGCACCCAAAACACAGCCAGCCACCCCAAGCCCAAGGGCAGCCACAGACACAGACUGCCGCCUCCAAGACUAACCGCAGCCCCACACACAGCCUGCCCCCUCAAGAUAAACUGCAGCCCAACACACAGCCAGCCCCACGCAAGAGACUGCCCCACUUAUCAAGGGCAGCCCGACUCACAGCACGCCCUCCCAACAAGGGCUGCAUCAAGCACAGCCUGCUCCCCAAUACGCCAUCCCCACACGCAGCCUUCACCCCCAAGACCAAGGGCAGCCCCAAACACAGGCUGUCCCCCGCAAGACCAAAGGCAGCCCCACGCCAAGCCUGCCUACUCGACCUAGGGCAGCCCCACGCUCAGCCUGACCCCACCGAGACCAAUGGCAGCCCCACGCACAUCCUGCCCCCCAAGAUCAAGGGCAGCCCCACCCACAGCGUGACCCUCCAAGACCAAGGCCAGACCCAGGCGCAGCCUGCCCCACCAAGGGCAGCCCCAUACACAGCCUGCACCCCCCCCCAGACCAAGGGCAGCCCCACGCAGAGACAGCCCUACAUGACCAAGGGCAGCCCGACUCAGAGCAUGACCCCCGCCGAACAAGAGCUGCGUCACGCACAGCCUGCCCCCAAUACAAGUGCAUCCCCACACACAAGCUGCACCCCCAAGAUCCACCGCAGCCCCACACACAGCCUGCCCCCGUCCCACCACAACCCCACGCUCAGCCUGCCCCCCAAGACCAGCCCCAAACCCACGCACAGCCUGCACCCCCAAGACAAACCGCAGCCCCACACAAUGCCUGCACCCACCAAGACCAAGGGCACCCCAAACACAGACAGCCACCCCAAGCCCAAGGGCAGCCACAGACACAGACUGCCGCCGCCAAGACUAACCGCAGUCCCACACACAGCCUGCCCCCUCAAGGUAAACUGCAGCCCUACACACAGCCUGCCCCCUCAAGACCAAGGGCACCCUACACAGCCAGCCACCCCAAGAUCAAGGGCAGCCCCACACACAGCCAACUCCCCAGGACCAAGGGCAGCCCCACACACAGUCUGUCCCCCCAAGACCUAA